CAGGUUCUGUAUCCUAGGUAGUAAUUGUUUCUGCUCCAUAGUUGUGAGCCAAGCUGACCUGCUCUUCCGCUUUAAGGUAUUCUUAUAUUAUAUCGUCUUUUACAUUUCAAUCUCAUACCCAUCUUUGUGGGGCCUGCUGCAGCCCUGUUGUCUUGCAGAAUUUGCACUUGAAUGUUUUUGUUCCUGAAAAUGGAUGAGAGGCAUUUGAAAAAAGAUGUCAUGGCACUUUUAAAUGAUUAUGUUGGACAGAGGCUCAGAGAGAAUGCCUUUGAUCCCAAGGGGAAGGGAACCUCUAUGCUGGAUGAUCUGGCUCAUUGUGACCUUGCCCUAAGAGUUGCCCUUUGGUGUUUAGACCGAGAUGAAGGCCAGGGCAUCCUGGACACAGACAUUAUUGGAGCAAAAAGCUUGUCAGGAAGUAACAAGUACCCUAGCCAUCUUGAACGGGAGGCUAUGAUCUUGUCCUCUUUUGCUGGGAUUGUCCUGAAUGCUCUUCCUGUGGAGGAGAUACUGGCUCUUUACAGCUGCAAACCGGCCGCCACUCACUCCAAGCACCAGUCAAAGAACUCCAUCGUGCAUCCAUUCACCCUGUCCUACCACCCCUUUGCCAUGCUCUGCUCCUACAAGGCCCUGGACCACUCCAAGAAGCACAGUCAGAAGCUGAAACGGUGGCUGCUUGAGAAGUCAAACGCUUCCAGUGGCCAAGCAGCCUUAGCGCAGCCUUCGUCCUCCGCCUCAUCCUCACGUUCUUUUCUAAGUGACAGCGAUGAGGUCCAAAAGAACAGAACAAAACACUAUGAGGGCUCACUAGAGUCCCUGAGGGAUUGAGCCUUUUGUUUAUCAAUCAAAUAUGAUUACUUUCUAAUAUCCCGUUGUCCAAAUAUGAAUAUGAUGUUUCUGCAUUAGUGAAGUAUUUGGUUCUUUACUAUUUCCAUAGUCAUCAUACUGAGUUUGUUUUAAUGUUUCAGAAAGUUAAAGAAAUAAAUAAGCUAGCUUGCGAUAUCCAUGAAGAUGUUGAGCAUGUCAUGAUAUUACAACAGGAUAUUUUGUUGAACCGCCUUAACCGUAGAUAAACAAGCUCUUAGAUGAUGACACUGUAAUGCGCUCCUUUACGCUCCUCGAAAACAACAUUGUAGCAUUGCCAUUUACACAAGAGCUCCUCCAGUCCUUAAGAUUACGUGCAACCUUUCAUAACCCUUCUUUUGUGCUUGCGAUGUUGAACAUCCAUAUGUUUCUGCUGAAAUAUCAACUGACAUUCUGUGAACGUAAUUCCCAGUUUAGCUAAAGUGUGUUUCUGCUUCUUGUGCUGUCAAAUGUCA